ACCAGUUCGCCGCCGCGCGUGCGCGUAGCCCAGCGUGUGCCCGUGGGUAACUGCGAGCGGCCGCGGGGAGGGGGCGGGAAGCGUUGCGGCGGCGGCCGCCGCGGCCCGGGCCCUGAGAGCCGUUUGUCGGCGGAGCGGAGCGGAGCGUUGUGCGCGGGGAUCCGCCGGGCGCCUUCGGUCCUCAGGGUCGCGCCGCCGCCAGCCGCCGGGCCGCCAGAUGGUGGGGCCGGAGGAUGCUGGCGCCUGUCCGGGAAGGAAGCCCAGACUGUUCCCUCCGCCGGGGCCCGAGCCCGGGGGCCGCGACGGUAGGAUGAUCGGGGCUACCGGCGGCCGCCGCGGCAGCUGCUGCCUGGAGCCGCAGGAGCAGGGGGAGGAGGAGGAGGAAGAGUCGGAGGAGGAGGAAUCGGAGGAGGAGGGGGCGACGCCGCCGCCUCAGCGGCUGAUUCAGCGUUACUUGGCGGUGACUGGCGGCCAGCUGGAGCCGGGGCUGUGCCAGUGCAGCCCGCUCUCCGGCAGCCAGGCCGGCCGCCCCCCGCGGCUCUGCGGGGACGAGUCGGACGGGAAGCCCCCCCAGGGCGGCGGCCCGGGGUCCCCGCGCCCGAGGAUGACCAACGGCGACUCGAGCUUCCUGCUGGGCCCGGGCUGUCAGGACCUCGAGGCCGGCGGGCUUCCCCUGCCCGCCCGGCCCUGCCCGCAGUCGGCCCCGGAGGGAAACGGCGGCGGGAGCUUCCUCCGCUUCCCCCGGGAGCCGCGCUGCUGCCGCGCCUCCAGCUCCCGCCGCCUGCCCGGGGCCGACGGCGGCGGCGAGAACCCGCCCGACGGGGCGACGCCGCUGGAGGACCCCCUCCGGAGCUGCCGCCUGGGAGCAGCGGAGCCCGGCGGCCCGGGCUCUGAGGCCCCGCCGCCGGCCGGGCCCGGAGACCCCCCGCGCGGCGGGGUAACGGAGCCGAGGACGCCGGGGGGGCCCCCCGCCGAGCCGGGUUUGAGCUUCACAGACGUGAACUUGAACUCUCGCAACACGUACGAGGUGAGCCGCAGACAGAGCGCUCCGGACUACCUGGGCCAGGCGGGGCUGCUGCUGCCCGCGCCCGCCUCGGAGCCGGGCCCGGCGGGGGCGGCGCCCAAAGCCCGGAGGAGCGGCGGCGGCGGCGGCUUUGCGGACUUCUUCGCCAGAAAUUUUUUUCCAAAAAGGACGAAGGAAUUGAAAUCUGCUGUCCAUAGUGCUCCUGGCUGGAAAUUAUUUGGUAAAGUCCCACCCAGAGAGAAUCUGCAGAAAGCUUCUAAAAUUAUUCAGCAGGAAUAUGAAGCACGAACAGGAAGGACAUGUAAACCUCCACUUCCAUCCACAAGACGUAAAAAUUUUGAAUUUGAACCACUUUCAACCACUGCUCUCAUUCUUGAGGACCGACCAUCAAAUCUUCCUGCCAAAUCAAUUGAAGAAGCUUUACGUCAUAGACAAGAAUAUGAUGAAAUGGUGGCUGAAGCUAAAAAACGAGAAAUUAAAGAAGCACACAAAAGAAAGCAAAUAAUGAAAGAACGAUUUAAACAAGAAGAGAAUAUAGCAAGUGCAAUGGUGAUAUGGGUCAAUGAGAUACUACCAAAUUGGGAAGGAAUGCGAAGUACAAGAAGAGUUCGAGAAUUGUGGUGGCAAGGACUGCCCCCUAGUGUUCGUGGGAAAGUGUGGAGUCUAGCUGUGGGAAACGAACUCAACAUCACUCCGGAACUUUAUGAAAUUUUUCUUUCCCGAGCAAAGGAACGAUGGAAAAGCUUCAGUGAAACAAGUACAGAGAAUGAUGUAGAAGAUGUAGGUGUAUCAGUUGCUGACCGAGAAGCUAGUCUGGAAUUAAUUAAACUGGAUAUAUCUCGCACAUUCCCUUCUCUCUACAUCUUUCAGAAGGGUGGUCCUUAUCAUGAUGUGUUACAUAGUAUCUUAGGAGCAUAUACGUGUUACAGGCCUGAUGUUGGUUAUGUCCAAGGGAUGUCCUUCAUUGCUGCAGUACUCAUUCUCAACUUGGAAGAGGCAGAUGCUUUCAUUGCUUUUGCAAAUCUCUUGAAUAAGCCAUGCCAGUUGGCCUUUUUCCGUGUAGAUCAUAGUAUGAUGUUAAAAUAUUUUGCAACAUUUGAAGUAUUUUUUGAAGAAAAUCUCUCCAAACUAUUUCUUCACUUCAAGUCUUACAGUCUUACUCCUGACAUAUAUUUGAUAGACUGGAUCUUCACGCUGUAUAGCAAGUCACUUCCACUUGAUCUGGCCUGUCGAGUUUGGGACGUCUUUUGUAGAGAUGGAGAAGAAUUUUUAUUUAGAACAGGAUUAGGAAUCCUUCGAUUAUAUGAAGAUAUACUUCUGCAAAUGGACUUUAUUCAUAUAGCACAGUUUUUAACCAAACUGCCAGAGGACAUCACAUCAGAAAAGCUUUUCAGCUGUAUAGCAGCUAUUCAGAUGCAGAAUAGCACCAAAAAAUGGACACAGGUGUUUGCAUCUGUAAUGAAGGAUAUUAAAGAAGGGGACAAGAACCAUAGUCCAGCACUGAAAAGCUAAUCUUCACAAUUAAAAGACUAAUUGAAAUGUAGAAAACAAUUUAAUAAAAUACCUUUUUUCUAUGUGAAAAACAUUAGAGAAAACUAUUGGAGAAAUCCAGAAGAAUCAAGAGAGAUGGACAGAUGUCGAUUUUUCACCCAGUGGCAAAAGUAGAUAAAUGGAUAUCCUAUUAUUGCCAGUAUUAUUUUUAACAAGUAUUGUGUGGGGAAAACAGUUUUCACAAAGAAAAACUUUGAAAGUUGCUAGUUCAUAUUCCAUAAUCUGAGGUAAAGAAUUUAAUGCAAUAAAAUUUUUAAAUAAUCUUGGUUGGUACUUAAAGGUUUUGAGGCAUGAUUAAUUUCUUUUUAACAGUUAUUAGAAAGGCACUUUUGGAGGUCAAAAGGGGACAUGUUAAAUAGCCUGAACCCCAAACUAGUUUCUGAACCAAACCCCUCAGUGCAGAUAUUACCUCCAGAUUUAACCAGUUGAAGAUAUUAUGGACCAAAUACAUUUCUUUGUUUUCUAUGUGCCUAAGACUAUGAAACAUUGGGUUAAACUUAUUUGGGUCACUGAUGUCAUUCAGUUUCAUCCAUCAGUUGAAGCAAAUAUGUCUUAACUCAGGAACUGGAAAUAUUGGUGGUAGAUUGUACUACACUGGUUUCAGGUAUUUCUUUUCUGUAGUAUUUUAUGUUCAUUAUUGAAGAAAAAUUAUGUGGACAUUCCUUAAGAGAAUCUUACCAACAAAGGAAUGUUAGUCUUUCCAUUUCUAGUCUAAGAAAUGAUUUUAUUCAUGAAGUCAUAAAAACACUAUAAAAAUGGGAAAAAAUAGUGGAAGGAAAAGCUUUUCUUUGCACUUUAGUGAGCAGAAGUUUUGGCUUUUGGCAGUCAAUCUGUAAAAGUUAGGUUUUACAGUGAUUUUUUAAAUCACAGUAAAAAAACUACCCUAGUAUGUAAUGCUGACAGUUUUAAGUAGCAUGGUGCUUGGCAAAGACUUGACAUUCUUUGUACUUAAAAUCCUUCCACUGUUGAACAUCGAAAUUUUGUAAAUAUAGAUUUGACAUUUGAAACUUUAAUUUAUAGCCAAGUCAGUGACUUGCAAAAUGUGCUCUAGAUGACAAAAAACCUAAUUUUUUUAAUCAAUGGAAAUGAAUAGCAGUAAUACAAUUCAACAUUAACUUUUUCUAAUAAGUCGAACUUUGAUGAUAUUUAUUAUGUGUUGAUUAUGUUAAUCACUGGUAGACUUGAGAUCAAAUUUAUCACUACUACAUUUUAAUUUUGGAACUAAAAUGAAUCAUUUGAAUGUUAAGAGCAGUAUCUGCAUAACAUGCUACUUAUUUAAAGAAUGCUUUUAUGUUGCAGUUUGGUUUAUAACUAUCUUUAAAGCACAUUAUUUAUAUUGUUAAUAUGUAGUCUUCAAGCCAACAGCUCUGGUAUACUUGUCAAUGUGGUGACUGCCUCUUUAGGAACAUGGAGCCUGAGAGUGCCCAUUUAUUUCCACCCCAUUGUUUAUUCCAGCACUGUGACUUGGAAUGGCCUCUCAGUAGUUAUCUCCGAAUAGUGGGGCAGUGGAGUUUGCUUGAGGGAGAAAACUUUCUGUGAAAUAAUGUUGGUGGGUGGUCACAUCACAGUAAGAAACCAGCUCAGUUCCUGAAAUGAAUGAUUGCAGUCAUUCUCUCCUGCCCAGUCACCUACUUUGUUGUGUUUGAUGGCCCUGGAAAGUAUUUCAUAAUGAGUAGAGGAGCAUUGAAUCCUGGCAGUAACCAUAUUGAGAAUACCAUAUGUCUAAGUUAAAUUUUAUUUUUAUGUAUUCAUUUCUUUAGUUGGAACCAAGUUAUUUCUUCCAAUUUUGUUUUAUUAUUGUACAGUUUCUUUACCUUUCAAGUAUAAACUUGUAUAUAAAAAUGUAAAUACAAGGGAUACAUUAAAGACCACUAAUAACAAUUCCUAUGUAAAUAAAAUUGUAAGCAGAGUAAUUACUUGAAA